ACCCACCCAACCCUUGGUUCUUCGUCGCCUUCGUUGCUUUUGUAUUAUACAGUUGCAUCUUCGACCGAGAGACGUUAUUCUUAAACCCUAAUUCUUUAUUUUCGAAAUUUCUUUGAUAUAUAUCAGAGAAGAUGUCUACUCUAGAAAUCGAAGCUCGAGAUGUGAUCAAGAUUGUGCUUCAAUUUUGUAAAGAGAACUCUUUGCAUCAAACCUUUCAGACAUUGCAGAGUGAGUGCCAGGUUUCUUUAAAUACUGUAGACAGUGUAGAGACAUUUAUCGCUGAUAUAAAUAGUGGAAGGUGGGAUGCAAUAUUGCCUCAAGUGGCUCAGCUUAAGCUUCCUAGGAAUAAGCUGGAAGAUUUAUAUGAGCAGAUUGUAUUAGAAAUGAUUGAACUACGAGAAUUGGAUACUGCUCGUGCUAUUUUAAGGCAAACUCAAGUAAUGGGUGUCAUGAAGCAAGAACAGCCAGAACGGUACUUGCGACUUGAACAUCUCCUUGUGAGAACUUAUUUUGAUCCAAAUGAGGCUUAUCAAGAGUCAACAAAAGAGAAACGCCGUGCACAAAUUGCUCAAGCACUUGCAGCGGAAGUUACUGUUGUGCCUCCUUCACGAUUAAUGGCUUUAAUUGGUCAGGCUCUUAAGUGGCAGCAACACCAAGGAUUACUUCCUCCAGGAACACAAUUUGACUUGUUUCGAGGAACUGCUGCUAUGAAACAAGAUGUAGAUGACAUGUACCCGGCAACUCUGGCACACACAAUAAAGUUUGGGACAAAAAGUAAUGCAGAAUGUGCUCGGUUCUCACCGGAUGGGCAAUUUCUUGUAUCCAGUUCUGUUGAUGGAUUUAUUGAGGUUUGGGACUACAUAAGUGGGAAACUGAAGAAGGAUCUUCAAUACCAGGCUGAUGAAGCUUUCAUGAUGCAUGAUGAUCCAGUCCUUUGUGUUGAUUUUAGCAGGGACUCCGAGAUGCUUGCAUCUGGGUCAGAAGAUGGAAAAAUCAAAGUUUGGCGUGUAAGGACUGGUCAGUGCUUGCGUCGUCUUGAACGUGCACAUUCUCGGGGUGUCACAAGUGUUAUUUUCUCUCGAGAUGGAAGCCAGUUACUAAGUACAUCAUUUGACUGUACAGCAAGAGUCCAUGGUCUAAAAUCUGGGAAGUUGUUGAAAGAAUUUCGUGGUCAUGGAUCAUAUGUAAAUGAUGCAAUUUUUACAAAUGAUGGGACUCGUGUUAUCACUGCAUCUAGUGAUUGCACAGUCAAGGUCUGGGAUGUGAAGACUACUGACUGUCUACAGACAUUUAAGCCACCACCUCCAUUAAGGGGAGGUGAUGCUUCUGUGAAUUCUGUUCAUCUUUUCCCAAAGAAUACCGAUCACAUUGUUGUAUGCAAUAAGACAUCGUCCGUCUACAUUAUGACUCUUCAAGGACAGGUUGUGAAGAGUUUUUCAUCUGGUAAAAGAGAAGGAGGAGACUUUGUGGCAGCCUGUGUGUCACCUAAAGGGGAAUGGAUUUAUUGUGUUGGUGAAGACAGGAACAUAUACUGUUUCAGCUACCAAUCUGGUAAACUAGAGCAUCUAAUGAAGGUCCAUGAAAAAGAUGUGAUUGGGGUAACUCAUCAUCCCCACAGAAAUCUUGUUGCCACCUACAGUUUAGACUGCACGAUGAAAUUGUGGAAGCCUUGAGUCUUUUCUUGCGUUGUCCGCUUUUCCCUGCAGGAAUCUCAUAAUGUGAUACAAAUAGUUUAUGUUUUGAUUUUGACGCUAUAACUCCUUAGGCGAAUUAUAUGUAAAAUUUGACAAGGAGGGAGAGCUUGGAACAUUAGAUAGAUCUGUAUUCUGUAGGUGUUUUUCCCAAAAAAAGAAAAAAAAAUGAUGUAAUUUACUAUAAUUAAUUAAAUUAUAUAUUGAAGAGCAAAUUUUUUGCCAAA